AUGCUCAAGGCGUUGAUUGCUAGUUCGGUUUCAAAAGGGGAUUAUAAAUUCGUGAAGGAUAUCACAUACUUCGUGUUGACUUUUGUGAGUGCUAGUCAGCCUUUGAAUGCUUUGGCUUUUAUUGUUGAUGGUUUGCAUUAUGGCGUUUCAGACUUCCCCUGCUUAUUCCAUGUACAUGCUGCUCUUUCUCUCUCAGAUAUAGCAGUUGCAUCAAAUCUUUUUGCUGCCAUGGAUCUAGAUCAGGGAGAUCAACUUAUCAAAAGUAACCUUCUCAACAACAGCAUUCUACUUAAGCAGGUGAGUAAUCAAGAUUAA